AUGGGUAGACGGAAGAUUGAAAUUCAAAGGAUCUCUGAUGACAGAAACAGGGCUGUCACAUUCAUAAAGCGUAAAGCUGGUCUUUUCAAAAAGGCCCAUGAACUGUCUGUUCUUUGUCAAGUUGACAUAGCGGUCAUUAUACUGGGGUCUAAUAACACGUUCUAUGAGUUUUCCUCUGUGGAUACGAAUGACUUAAUCUACCAUUACCAAAAUGACAAAAACUUGCUUCAUGAGGUGAAAGACCCAUCCGAUUAUGGAGACUUCCACAAGAAUGCGUCCGUGAACAUAAACCAAGAACUGCUCAGGUCGUCUAUAACAAAUAAACCCUCGAAAUCAAGUGUUGCCGGAAUGAACCAUACAGAAAAUGAUGAUGAUGAGAACAAUGAGGAGGAAGAGGAUGGUCAUGUCAAUUUUGGAAGGGAUCCUAAUACGCGUUUGAACACUAAGGCUUCUGAUAGAAAUCCCUCGAAUACGCAGUUGAAGUUGUUAUCUCCAACCGCACUUAUAUCAAAAAUGGAUGGUAGCGACCAUAAUAAACGUCAUCCUGAGAAUGCGCUACCACCUUUACAGCGUUUGAAAAGGCUAAAACCAGAUCCUUUACAAAUAAAUAGAAAUUCGCAACAACAACAACAUAUACCGAGACCAUACCAUAGCAACAUGUACAAUCUCAAUCAGCCAUCAUCCAGUUCAUCUUCCCCCUCCACGAUGGAUUUCCCAAAAUUGCCAAGUUUUCAAAACUCCUCCUUUACUGCUCGCCCUCCACCCAUUUCCAUUUCACCAAAUAAGUUCAGUAAACCGUUUACAAAUGCAACCUCCAGGACCCCUAAACAGGAGCAGAAGAUUAACGGUAAUAGUAGUAAUACUAAUGACAACAGUACUUACACUCAGUCACCGCCUAAUUCUUUAGAAGACUCCAUUCAGCAAACCGUUAAAGCCAGAAGGAAAUUAUCCGCCAGACCAGUGCUUCGUGUGAGAAUUCCGAAUAACAAUUUCAGCAGUAAUUCUGCUAUUCCAAGUGAACCCUCCUCUGCUUCCUCUACAUCGGCGAACAGCAAUACCAUGGGAUCUUCACAAAUCAUGAAAGAAAACAAGGCAAGUCGAUCUAGUAAAAUUUCCCCACUGUCGGCAUCAGCCUCAGGUCCUCUAACCCUUCAAAAGGGUAAUAAUGGUAGAGUGGUAAUAAAAUUACCAAAUGCAAAUGGGCCUAACGGUUCUAGCAAUAACAAUGGCAAUAACAAUAACAACCCCAAUCACCCUUAUCCUUUCGUGAGUGGGUCUUCACCUCUUUUUUCUGCAACACAGCCAUAUAUUGCCACCCCCUUGCAGCCAUCAAAUAUUCCUGGCGGACCUUUCCAACAAAAUGCAUCCUCAUUUCUGGCUCAAAGACAAACCCAACAGUACCAACAAAUGUCCUUCAAAAAACAGAGCCAAACCGUACCAUUGAGUACAACGUUGACGGGGCGCCCUCCUUCAACUUUUUCCGGCCCUGAAACUAACAAUGGCCCUCCAACGGGUUCACUGCCAUCGAAGUUCGUACAUGAUUUAAUGAGUAAUUCUCCAAAUGUUUCUUCGAUAUCGAUGUUCCCAGAUUGGUCAAUGGGACCCAACAGUGCCAAGCCCGGAAAUACAAACAGUUCCGGUACUUUUCCUCCCGUACAGCCAGGUGUACACAACAGCAACGACGGCAACAGCAGCAACAACAGCAACGACAACAAUAACGACAACAGCAACGGCAAAAACAAUGGCAAUAGCAAUAACAGUUACUACAGCAAUAACGAAGAUGCACCUGUAAAUGGGGCUGCUAUUCCAGAACAUACUAGUGGCGACACGAAUAAUCAGUCCAACUCGAGCACGUAUGAUGCUGCAGCCGCAGCAUAUAACGGGAAUACCGGGUUGACUCCAUAUAUAAAUACUGCUCAAACACCAUUAGGUACAAAAUUCUUCAAUUUUUCAACUGAUAUCUCGGGAGAGAAAAAUUCAAGCAAAAUUUAA